UCAAACACAACAUAGAAAAUUAUUAGGUCGAUAAGCUUAAGAGCACUUUUUCAAGAAACGAGUGUGAAGAUCAAAAACAAAUGUGCGAUGCCAGCUAUAAAUACGACUACACCAUGAGGGUCUCUUCCAUCAUCUAACCUUCAAGGACCUAGAGUUGAAACACCAAAGCCAAGUGAGCAAUAGUAAACACAAAUCAAACAUGAAGACCUUCAUCAUAUUUGUCCUCCUUGCCAUGGCGAUGAACAUCGCCAGUGCCAGUAGGCUGCUAAGCACUAGAGGCAAGGAAUUGCAUACUCCACAAGAACAAUUCCUCCAACAACAACAAUUCCCCCAACAACAAAUCCCCCAACAACAUCAAAUCCCCCAGCAACCACAACAAUUCCCCCAACAACAACAAUUCCUCCAACAACAACAAAUCCCGCAACAACAAAUCCCCCAACAACAUCAAAUCCCCCAGCAACCACAACAAUUCCCCCAGCAACAAUUCCCCCGGUCACAACAAUCCCCUGAACAACAACAAUUCCCCCAACAACAAUUCCCCCAGCAACCACCACAACAAUUCCCCCAACAACAAUUUCCAAUACCAUACCCACCCCAGCAAUCACAAGAACCUUCCCCAUACCAACAAUAUCCACAACAACAACCAUCUGGGAGCGACGUUAUAAGUAUCAGUGGCCUAUGAAAUGAAGAGAUGUAAUACUAGAAGGGUGAAUCAUCGUUGUUAGUUAAUGGAGCAUAAUGUAACAAUGAUAAAUAAAGUGAUGUGCACCAUCAUGUGUAACCCCGACCUGUACUAGUCCAAACAUGGGAAUAAAAGACAAAUAAGUUCUUUUCUGAA